AAAAUAUUAUUUGGAGCUAAAGAGCAACCUUUUUUAAUCAAUUUUACUACUAUAAUAAUAAUGUAUAUUAUUUGAUUGAGAUUCCAACUUUCCUCUACUAUUUUUAAAUAACUGUUUACAUCUAAUGCCGUUUAAUGUUCAAUCCGGAAGGUCCAAACAUUAGUGUUUACAUUUACACUUCAAGUUGAACUGAUCUCAUCCUGUAAUAUUACUAUUGUGUCUGGAAUAAUCGAUUUGGUUACUCUAAAGGAUGUCUGGUACAGGAUCUGAGUCAAUUCAACAGCAACAGGGCUAUCCAGCACGAUCACGGACUCUAAGACUGAAGAUAAUCGAAGGAAAAAGCCUGGCCAAGAAGGACCUGUUUGGUGCAAGUGAUCCUUAUGCUAAAAUUGGUCUAGUUACUUUAGAAAAUGAAAUCGUAUACACAGCGUGUACCAAAACCAAAAAGAGGACACUUAAUCCUCAGUGGGAUGAAGAAUUCCAACUUCGUGCUAUUCCUGAUCAACAUAAGCUAAUCAUCGAAGUAUUUGAUGAGAACCGAUUAACGAGAGAUGAUUUCCUUGGUAUGGUGGAACUUCCCUUGAAUAACAUUCCUACUGAACACCCUGAACGAACCAUUUCUUCUAAGCUAUACAUUCUUCGUCCAAAGAGUAGUCCUAAAGUUAAGGUCAGAGGGCAAUUAAAGUUAUACGUUGCAUUCCUUCCGGAUGAAGGUGAAAAUGGCGCAUCUUCAGAAAAUGAGGUGAGCUUGUUUAAGGAAAUUCGAGAUCAAGGUUGGGAAUUAGUCGAAGUAGAAGCAAAUGGCCACGAAGAGCAACCAGCUCAACCAGUUCGCAUUCCAUCUUCAUCUAUCGAUAAUCGUCUUUCACCUUUACCUCAUGGAUGGGAAGAGAGGCAAGAUGCUAAUGGACGCACUUAUUAUGUUGAUCAUAUCAACAGAAUCACUCAAUGGCAAAGACCAACUGAACAAACGGGCCAGACUGUAGUAGCACAUCAGCGGAGCAUUGAUUUAGCUCAUUGGUUUCGCCGGAGAGUUCACAUUAGCAGUGAUCAAGGAGAUAAUCAGAAUAAUCAAGAAGAAGAGAGUCCUCCUCAGAUCUUGGAUUUUAAUACAAGACUUGAAAGAUUCAAGAUCGAGCAAAACCGCCGUCGACUUUCUGAGCCUGUAUCUAAUGAUGCUCAUUCUAGGGAGAGUACUAGUCGUGAUAGUUAUGAAUCCGCCCGUUCGUCUACACCACCAUUGGACAGUAUUGUGUUUCCGUCUUCAACAAUAGCAACACCACCUUCAACUGGAGUUACGACAAUCGCACCAAUAGCUACUUUACCGGUCACAUCAGCAACCUCAAGCUCAACUUUAAAUGAAGAACCUUCAAGUUCUGCAUUGAAUAACGAUGAUAGUAAUAAUAAUAAUGAUGAUUCUACUGCCUCAACUUCAGCCGAACAAUUGCCUGUCGGUUGGUCUAUGCAAGUUGCUCCAAAUGGACGCAUAUUUUACAUUGAUCACAAUACCAAAACAACUACUUGGAUUGAUCCAAGAACUGGCAAACCAAGUCCUCAACCUCGUCCCCAAGUGUCCAAUAAUCCUUCAGUUGGUGCUACAAUAGAUGAUUUAGGCUCAUUACCUGAUGGUUGGGAAGAACGAGUUCAUUCCGAUGGGCGUAUAUUUUUUAUUGAUCAUAACACCAAGACAACCCAAUGGGAAGAUCCUAGGCUUAAUAAUCCAGCAAUUGCUGGUCCAGCGGUCAGGUAUUCACGUGAAUAUAAACGAAAGUAUGAAUAUUUUCAAUCAAAGUUACCUCGACCAUCAAAUGUGCCAAACAAGUUGGAAAUUAAAGUCAGCCGAGCCAAUAUAUUUGAAUGCUCAUAUAAUUUCAUCUCCAAUAUCUCCAACCCUGAUUUAUUAAGAACCAAAUUAUGGAUCGAAUUUGAUAAUGAACAAGUUCUUGAUUAUGGUGGUGCAUCUCGUGAAUGGUUUUAUCUUUUAUCGAAAGAAAUGUUCAACCCUUAUUAUGGUCUCUUUGAAUAUUCAGCCGCUGAUAAUUAUACUCUUCAAAUCAAUCCGAAUUCCGGAAUGUGCUCAGAAGAUCAUUUAUCUUAUUUUAAAUUUAUCGGUAGAAUAGCAGGAAUGGCUGUAUAUCAUGGUAAACUAUUAGAUGCAUUCUUUAUAAGACCAUUCUACAAAAUGAUGUUAGAUAAACCAAUUGAUUUGAAGGACAUGGAAAGUGUAGAUUUAGAGUAUUAUAAUUCACUUAAAUGGAUUAUGGAAAAUGAUCCUGCCGAACUUGAUCUCAGAUUUGUUGUAGAUGAAGAUAUGUUUGGUCAAAUGCAAGUUCACGAGCUUAAGCCUGAUGGAACAAAUGUUUCAGUUACCGUUGAAAAUAGAGAUGAAUAUGUAAACCUUGUAAUUCAAUGGAGAUUCGUAUCUAGAGUUGCCCCUCAAAUGAACUCAUUUCUGAAGGGAUUUGAUGAAAUUGUUAGCCUAAACUCAAUAAGGAUUUUCGAUGAAAAUGAAUUAGAACUUCUAUUAUGUGGAAUUGGAGAAAUAGAUGUUAAUGACUGGAGGAAACAUACUGUAUAUAAAGGAGGAUUUCAUGCAACACAUAUUGUUAUUCAAUAUUUCUGGAGGGUUGUAUUAUCUUUCUCAAGUGAGAUGCGUUCUCGAUUACUUCAAUUUGUUACUGGUACUUCUCGAGUACCAAUGAAUGGCUUUAAAGAGCUUUAUGGAAGCAACGGACCUCAGCCUUUUACAAUUGAAAAAUGGGGUACUCCAGCUAAUUUACCUCGUUCUCACACAUGCUUCAAUCGACUUGAUUUGCCUCCAUAUGAAAGUUACCAAGAACUAAAAGAUAGACUGAUAAAAGCCAUUGAAGGAUCGGGUUCUUACGGUGGUGUUGACUAAUGAAAUACCGUUUAGCGAUUAAAAUGAUGAUGUUGAUAAAUAAUGAAUUUAAUGCUAAUGGAAAAUAUAAUGAUAAAGGUAUUCUGAGCAGCUCAAUGUUAUUUGCUUGCACACAGUGUCAACCAAAUCAAGUCUAUUAUAAAUAACAUGUAACAUGAUUAAGACGAUAUUUUUCUGUCUAUUGAGUAAUGCUAGUAAAAGAUAAACAAGAUGGAAUGUGUAAAAUAAUCACAAAAAUUGAAUAUAAAGAAGAUACAAUCAAUUCUUCAAUCUUAGCAAUCAAAUCAGCUAUAUAUAUAAUUAUAUAAACAAAACAACAACACAAUUGUCCAAAAUUACAUAGUGUAUUUUUAAGAUAUUGAUUGUGCUUAAACAAUUGUUGCCUUUUUCUCAACCAUUUGGUUUCUCAUCUUAUUAAGACUGUGAUUUGUCUCUUUUCAUUCUUUAUUUUUUUCCACCACCUUCAUUAAUCAACACCAAUACCGGCACCAACACCAUCAACUUUCAUACCUUUGGUUCAUCUUUAAAUUUUUAGUCCUUUUUGCUCAACUAAGAAACAUCAAUGAUUAUAAUACACUCAAAUUUCAAUCUUUGUUUCUAUCUGUUAAUCAAAUCUAACAAAAGCAAACGGGAUUUGACUGAUUUCAAGCUAAUAUAAAUUGUUUUUUAUGUUCAACCAUUUCUGCGUCACACAAUUAACCACAAGAUGAUAUGAGGAACGAUAUGAUUGAGAUUAAUACAUGUAUAAUGAUGAAAUAAUGAUUGAUUACAGUCAACAAUAUCUUGUAAACCUAAAUGUUUAGGUUUUAUACAAACCUUUUUUGUACAAACAGAAAGUAAAAUUAUUUCCUUAAUGUU